GUGUUUGGUGCUAACAUUCUUGAGAAUGCACCCGUAGAACUUUUGUCUAUUUUUUUUGGCGCAGUCUCUCUUGGUUUAGGCAUUAAAGUAGAUGGGUCAAAAGAAGGUUUGAAAGAUAGUGUAAGUAUUAUUGUCGGAGUUUUUAUGGCUAUUAUAUUUGUUGCCACUAGUGAUUAUUGGCAUGCCAAAGUAUUUCAAAAGUUACUAGAUGAUAGUUAUAAAAUCAAUAUUGAAGUUGAGAGAGGUGGAAUUUGUCAGAAAGUUACUAUUGUUGACAUUGUAGUUGGAGAUGUUGUUUGUUUAAAUUAUGGGGAUAAAGUUUAAGCAAAUGGUUCGCUAAUAAUGUCCCAUUCUUUAAAAUUGGAGAGGGACAACAAUGGUAGCUGCUCCGAAGAAUAAGAUGAGCAUGUGGAAUUGGAUUCAGUAAAUGAUGAUAUCUUCUUACUUUCUGGCACUAAAGUUGUUGAUGGUUUUGCUUUGAUACUUGUCACUUCAGUUGGGAUGAACGCAAGGAGAGAACAAAAUGUUAAUGUCAUCCACGAAUCGAUGCAAUCAACACUCUUAGAAACUUGACUACAAAAAUGAACUCAGCUAGAGAUUGGAUCGGCUAUGCAUUUUAAUAUUCACUAUUUUUAAAUUUUAAAUAAUUUAUAGUAUCGAAAACAGAAUUUUCGAUAUUUUAAUUUAAUAAGCGUAUUGAAAAAAAUUUAUAUUUAUUUUCGAUAAUUUAAAUAAUUUUUACACUAAAAAUACAAAAGGCUAACUUUAUUACAUAUAUACUACAUCACGGUGAAAGCAACUUUUAUACACUUUUGCUUAAGUUUUUUACAUUUUUACCACAUGCACACACAUAUCAUGCAUUUUGACAAGUCAGUGACAUAUAUCAUUACAUCAAUCACUCUAUACAUCAUUUCCCUCUUUUUUCUCUUCUUUUUCCUAUUAUUUUAUAUUUCUUUUCAAUUUUUUUUUUAAAAAAAUAUCAACCUCCAUAGUUGAACACUUCCCCCUCCACAAUCCCAACUCCAUUUUCCAUUUUUUUUUCUUCAAUUUUUUUUUCAACUCCCAUUAACCGAGUUCCAUAACCGUUUUCUCUCUUUUUAUUUUUCUCUUAAUCCAUAUAUAAAUAUGGCUGUAACUUGUUCUUCAUCAACUCCUUCCCCUGUUCAAAAGAAAAGCUCUAAAAUUGGGUUGAAAUCUUUAGCUAAUAGAAACAAGGGUAAACGGCCUGUUGUUGAUCAGGAGGAUGACUCUGAUUUUGCUCCUCCAUUGCCGAAACGUGGGCGAGCUCCUCCAAAAAAAAAAUCGAAGGUGGCUGCCCAGGAAAAAAUUCCUCAAGAUGAUGCUCAAAAAAAUAAUCAAGUUGAUGGUGGUCUUCUAUCUCAGGUUUGUUUUCGGUUUCUUUUUGGUUUUCCCCCAUUUUUGAAAUUUUUUCAUAUUCAACUUUUGUGGGUUUUGUGUUUAUUGAUUUCUCAUUUUGUAAUAGUUUUUUCAUAGUUUUUUAAUAGUGUAAACACCUUCGGUAUGUAUUUUUUUUAAUAUGUUUUUUAUCUAGUUGUUUCCUGUCCAUUUUUAUAUCAUCAAUGGGUAACAAUGAGAUUUAUCAUGGAUGUUGAUGUUCAAAGAGUUUUUCCUGUAUUUUAGUUUGUAUACAGUUGUUUUGUAGUUUUAUCAUAGUUUUGCUACUUGCAUAUGUUAUUUCAUUAUAAAACUAAUAUGCAACUAUUUUGCACAGAACUUACUAUGUAUAACUACUAUUUCUUAGUCCCCGUCAAAUUAAAUUCCUGCAUAAUAUAUAAACUAUCAUAAAACGAUAAUGCAACUAUAAGGCAACCAAAACAAAAAAUAAACAGACUUAUACGUAACUGGUUGUACCUUAAUUCGAAUUUACUCUUCUUAUUGUGUUUCUAAAAAAAUAUAUUUAUAUUGGAAACCAGUUAUCAAUCAAAAUGCAACUGUAUAUAACGUAGAUGUAUUAUUCAUGAGGUUUUUUUUUUUAAAUUUUCACAUCAUACAUUGUUUUGGAUUUGGUGGGAGCUCCAGAUCUGUUUGUUACAGAUCAACAUUUCAUGAAUAUAGAUUUCGAUAUUAGGGGGAGUUAUUUUGAUCGAAUAAAACAGAAAAUAAAUGUGUAAUUUCAGUUUCUUCACAGUUUUUCUGAUUUUUUUUUUCGUCAUUUUCUGUUUAAAUCAUUGCAGUUCUUUUUUUCCAGUUGAUUUUGCCAGAAUUAAUAGUUGUAUUUUUAUCGUUUUGGUUUCAUUUUGGUUGUUUUGCGGUUUUGAAACGAUCGCGGUAUUUUCACCUUCAUUGUUCGCUCUGUACAGCUGAAGGCUUAGUGCGUGUGAUAUUUUUGUAAAUAUUUGUAUGUGGACUGUAUAAAUGUUUAAUGGGUCGGCCCAAAGUAUUUUUGUAAUUUUUUUUCUUUCUUGUAUUAUUCUGUUUUUUUCCCUAAAAAAUAUUGUAACUUUAUCAAAUAGGUCAUAAAAAAAUUGAAAGGGGAGUUUUAUUUGCACCCCAUUAAAUGAUAAAUAUACCCCAAUAUUAAAAAAAAAUAUAAACUUAAAUAAUUUUUAAAAAUUACUCUUAAUAUUUUUUUUCAAAAUGUGUCCUCACAUUAUUUUAUGUUAAUUUCAAUACUCAUUUUGAUUUUAUUUUCAUAAUUUUUUCUAACUCAUGUAUACAUACUUUUUAUUUUUUUUCUAAAAAAUUUUCGUAUGAUUUUUUAUUUUAGUUUUUUUGUCAUAGUAUUUAAAAUAUAAUUUAUUUUUGUUUGAUAGAAUGAUAGGUAUAUUUUUUAAGAAUAUGAAUGGGAAGAAAAAAGUUUAAAAAACUUACUACAAUUAAAAAUAUAAAUUUCAUAAAAAAAUAAAAAUUAUUAAAAUGAGGUGUCUUUAGACAUUUUUGGGUGUAAAUAAAAUUUUCCAAAUUGAAAAAAAAUAAAUUAAAUAUGUAUUUUUGAGUAUAAAAAUUAACUAAAAAAAUGGUAUCACUUUUUCCUAAACUUGAUUUGUUGCACGCGUAAACACCUUUUCUUUACUAGCAGAUGUAAAUAUAAGAAUGGUCCACUUGUCCCUGAUCGUUAAUUUGUACAGGCCUGUAAGUGAAAAGAAGACAAAAAAGACCAACUUUCUAGGUCGCUCAAAUGCUUUUUGAGUCAAGCAAUUCAUAUUUAAGUCUUUUUUUAUUAUUUAUUUUGAAAGGAAAAGUUUAUUCAAGCUAUUACUUUUAUCUCUUUGGUUUCAGAUUAAUGAGCCAUAAGUGUAGAAGUGUGGUGGUCGUCUCCAAUAUCCUUCAUUAUCAAAGACAGAAGUAGCUUAGUCCAGUUAUAUAUAGUCUUCUCCUCUUCAAGUUUUCAACCCACACUAGAGAAAUCAUAUGACUCUCUUAGGGGGAGAGGCACAUUUCUAGUUUGCUUGCUGUCGAGCUCAGUAACCAUGUCAAGUAGCAGUUCUCUGAACCAUGAAGAAAUAGAGCUUACAGAAUUAUUAGAAGAAGAGAAGAAUGAAACAUCCAAGGAAGAGACAAAUAAUACCGGUACUAGCUAUUUAUUGCGAGUUGCUAACACUCUUUGUGUCUCGGCUUUAAGAUUUCAAUCAGCUUCUCAAGACUAUGUCAAACAAAAAAGCCACAAGGAAGUUGGAUAUUCUUCCCUUGAUACUGUUGUUGAUGUUGAACCAAAUCAUAAUGUGCUUGAGACUGAUGAUCAAAUAUUGACUACUCUAAAUUAUCUCACUGAAAAGGAAGAUCGGCAAGCACAUCUUGAAAGAAUAGGAGGUGUUGAGGCUAUAGCUAAACAUCUCAAAAGUGACCUAGUUAAUGGAAUUGAUGAAGAAACUGUCGCUCAUAGACGCAUUGCGUUUGGUGCUAACAUUCAUGAGAAUCCACUGAGUAGAACUUUUGUCUUCUUUUUUUGGCGAGCCUUGCUACAAGUCAAAAUCCUUGUUCUCAUAAUUUGUGGCGCAGUCUCUCUUGGUUUAGGCAUUAAAGUAGAUGGGCCGAAAGAAGGUUUGAAAGAUGGUGUAAGUAUUAUUGUCGGAGUUUUUAUGGCUAUUAUAUUUGUUGCCACUAGUGAUUAUUGGCAUGCCAAAGUGUUUCAAAAGUUACUAGAUGAUAGUUAUAAAAUCAAUAUUGAAGUUGUGAGAGGUGGAAUUCGUCAGAAAGUUACUAUUGUUGACAUUGUAGUUGGAGAUGUUGUUUGUUUAAAUUAUGGGGAUAAAGUUCCAGCAAAUGGUUUGCUAAUAAUGUCCCAUUCUUUAAAAUUGGAGAGGGACAACAAAGGUAGUUGCUCUGAAGAACAAAAUGAGCAUGUGGAAUUGGAUUCAGUAAAUGAUGAUAUCUUCUUGUUUUCUGGUACUAAAGUUGUUGAUGGUUUUGCUUUGAUGCUUGUCACUUCAGUUGGGAUGAACGCAAGGAGAGAACAAAAUGUUAAUGUCAUCCAUGAGUCGAUGCAACCAACACCCUUAGAAACUCGACUUGAAAAAAUGAACUCAGCAACAGAUUGGAUUGGCUAUGCAUCUAUAUUGGGUGUUUUAAUAUUCACUAUUUUUGGAGGUUUAUCCUUUACAACUACAGAUGACAAUGGAAACAAAAAACCUGCUAAAGGUCUAGCCAAAGUUAAUAUUAUAGUGAGCAUGAUUGUGACAUUGAUAACAUCUGUGGUGAAUAUUGCAGAUCCCUUACGACUCACGUUGACGCUUACUCGUGCUUAUGCAAUGAAGAAAUUGAAGGAACAAAAUGCAAUGGUGCGUAAGCUCUCUUCUAUAGAGAAUAUGAGCUUUGUUGACACUAUUUGUAUUAACAAAACUGGAACACUCACAAUGAACCAGAUGAAGGUCUCAGAGUUUUGGCUAGACAAUAAUUGUGUGGCUAAAGAAAAGUACUCAUCAAUUUCUCCUAAGAUUAUAAGAUUGCUACAAGAAGGUAUUGCUCUUAAUACUCUCUCUAUUAGUCCAACAGAAGCGGCAAUCAAAACAUGGGCUCUGCAAGAUUUGAAAAUAGAUAUAGACAACAUAAAAACAAAUAUUGACAUUCUUCACAUCGGGGCCUUCACUCCUGAGAAGAAGCAGAGUUGGAUUCUUGCACAGAAAAAGAUUGAUAAGACAAUCCAAGUACACUUGAAAGGAGCUGCUCAGUUAAUUUUAGAAGUGUGUUCACGGUAUUACGAUGCUUUUGGCAUUGUUAAAGGUCUAGAUCACGAUCAAAAAAAAGAACUAGAUCAAAUUAUUCAAGAAAUGGCUACCAGGAAGCUGAGAUGCAUUGCUUUGGCACAUAAAGUCGAAACCAAAGAAGUUCAAGAUGAUGAUGACAAAGAAAAAUUGUUGGAGGAUAAUAUGAUCCUCUUAGGAAUUGUUGGUAUUGAAGAUCCAUGUCGUCCUAAGAUGAAGGAAGUGGUCAAAGAUUUACAUAAUGCUGGAGUAAAACUCAAAAUGAUCACUGGUGAUAAUAUUUUCAUUGCAAAAGCUAUAGCAGAAGAAUGUGGGAUACUUGAACAACAUGGUGGAGAGAUUGUAGAAGCGGCCAAGUUUAGAAGAUGCAAUGCAAAACAAAGAAGGAAAAUGGCUAAUGAGAUAUGUGUCAUGGCGAAUUCAUCCCCUGAAGAUAAACGCUUAAUUGUUGAAUGUUUGAGAGAUGAUGGGAAUGUCGUUGGAGUUGUUGUACAUGGAACAAGUAAUUCGUCUGCAAUGAAAGAAGCCAUUGUUGGAAUCUACAUGGGGAAGGAAGGCACUGAAAUUAUCGAGGAACACUCAGACAUUGUCAUAUCAGAGGGUAAUUUUUGCUCUCUUACUAAGAUUUUCAAGUGGGGAAGAUGUGUUUAUAGCAACACACAGAAAUUUAUUCAGUUCCAACUAACUGCAUCUUCUGUCCCUCUUUUAUCAAACAUUGCUGGAGUGUUUGUGGCUGAAUCGUUCCCACUAUCAACUAUACAACUGUUGUGGGUGAGUUUGAUCACUGAUACACUGGCUUGUCUUGGAUUUGCCAAUGAAAGGCCUACAAAAGAGCUCAUGAAGAAGCCACCGGUGCGAAACACUGAUCCUCUUAUCACCAACAUCAUGUUUAGAAACGUCUUGCCACAAGCUUUAUUUGAAACUGCUCUCAUUCUUUUGAUAACAAAUGAAUUCAUUUACCCUAUAGAUGUUGAUAAGGUACGUGAUACUUUUGUCUUCAAUGCAUAUGUGUUCUGUCAAGUAUUUAAUCAGAUCAAUUCAAGGAAACUAGACACGAAGAAUGUCUUCGAAAAGAUUCAUGCUAAUAAACUCUUCUGGGUGACUGCUGGCUUUAUAAUUCUACUUCAAACAUUGUUAGUGGAAAUUCUAAAACUCAUUGCAGACACAGUGAAGUUGACAUGGCUACAUUGGGGUUUAUGUAUUGGCAUUUCUUCCUUAACAUUGCCAAUUGGUUUCAUUAUAAGGUUUGUACCUGUCCCUCGUAAACAAGUCAUGGAUUAUUGUAUUGUUGUGCGAACAAUUGUAUGGUGCAUACUCAAAAAAGUGGUUUCUAUCGUAACUCUAGCAUAUGAAGCUUUGCUUUCCAUUUGUAGAACCCAGAAUUCCACAACUGAAGGCCAUGUAGAAUGAGUUUCUCUUAAUUAAGCAGUAGUGUUGGCUUUUCUCUUCUUUUCUUAAUGUAUCUUUUUUUUAGUUCGUUUGUAUGUUAACUUCCAAUUUUAAUUUGCAUGUAAUGAUUUUUUGAUUUUAUUAGUGGACUGGUGCUUUCUUAUUUUAGAUGGAUCUUUUGUGAUAUUUCUGUUCUCUUUUGCUAAACCCAAGAUAAUAUUAUCAUAAAGGUAAUUUGUGGUUACAUUCUUUAAA